CAAGCCGCCCGGCGGCCGCACACGUGGGUGCACGGCGGGGAUCCGAGCCGGGCCGCGGUGAAGUUGAUUCCAACCGUGGGCGCGCGGGGAGCCGGCGCCAUGGAGGGCCACAACGUUGAGGAGCUGCUGGCCCAGGCGGAGCGGGACGAAGCGGAGAAGCUGCAGCUCAUCACGGUCCACAAAGAGCUGGAGUUGGAGUUCGAUCUGGGCAACCUGCUGGCCUUGGACCGGAACCCCCCGACGGAGGUGCAGCGCGCGGGGCCCGCUCUGGAGCGCGAGCUGCGGGCCCUGGCUCGGGACAACACGCAGCUGCUCCUCAACCAGCUGUGGCAGCUGCCCACGGAGCGCGUGGACGAGACGCUGGUGGCGCGCCUGCCCGAGCCCACCACGCGCCUGCCGCGCGAGAAGCCGCUGCCCCGGCCGCGGCCGCUCACGCGCUGGCAGCAGUUCGCGCGCCUCAAAGGCAUCCAGCCCAAGAAGAAGACCAAUCUGGUGUGGGAUGAGGUGAGCGGCCAGUGGCGACGCCGCUGGGGUUACCAGCGCGCCCGCGACGACACCAAGGAGUGGCUGAUCGAGGUGCCCGGCAACGCCGACCCCAUGGAGGACCAGUUCGCCAAGCGCGCGCAGGCCAAGAAGGAGCGGGUGGCCAAGAACGAGCUGAACCGGCUGCGCAACCUGGCCCGCGCGCACAAGGCGCAGCUGCCCAGCGCCGCCGGCCUGCACCCGACCGGACACCAGAGUAAGGAGGAGCUGGGCCGCGCCAUGCAGGUGGCCAAGGUCUCCACCGCGUCCGUGGGGCGCUUCCAGGAGCGCCUGCCCAAGGAGAAGGCCCCCCGGGGCACCGGCAAGAAGAGGAAGUUCCAGCCCCUCUUCGGGGACUUCGCAGCCGAGAAAAAGAGCCAGUUGGAGCUUCUGCGAGUCAUGAACAGCAAAAAGCCCCAGAUGGACGUGACAAGGGCCACCAACAAGCAGAUGAGGGAGGAGGACCAGGAGGAGGCGGCCAAGAAGAGGAAAAUGAGCCAGAAGGGCAAGAGAAAGGGGGGCAGGCAAGGGCCGGGGAGCAAGAGAAAAGGGGGGCCGCCUGGUCAGGGAGGUAAGAGAAAAGGGGGCUUAGGAGGCAAGAUGAACCCCGGGCCUCCUGGGCUGAGUGGCCGGAGGAAAGGGCAGCACCAAGGCGGAAAGAGAAGGAAGUGAGUUUCCCCCCCCGAAAUGCCCACCGAGGACUCUGCACUCUGAAAGUUCUAAGUUCUGGGGGAGGGAGCGCAGGUGAUGGUAGAGAAAAUGGACAUCCUUGAGGUGGAAGGGACAGGACUAUCCUCGCUUCAAAUAGCUGAACUCUACAAUUAUUGGGUUCCCCCCAUACGAAAAACUCUUGGAGAUUGAAGUGUGUAUUUGAUGGACAGGGUAAGAAUGUGGUCUAAACUAGGAAAGUGGCUUCAUAGCAAUCGGGGGUUUUGUUUAUUUUUUAAAACUUUGGAUAUGGUUUGAGGAAAAGUUGGUCAUAUUUCUUAUAAUGGGCUGAGUUAUAAUGUGCAUUAUUUUUAUAGCAAAGUUCUGUGUUUAUCAAAGCGGGGGAAGGAAAGAACAUUUUCAAAAUAUAGUUUUGAAUAUAACUUGUAAAGAUUAUUUAAUAAAAGCGUGUCUAAUGUUGCUUUAAA